AUGGUCUUUCAAUCCCCCCUCCUAUUAAGUUUGCCCCCCCAAAAGGUUCCCCAUUUUGUUCCGUUUGCUGUACUAACAGAGAGAAUUAAAGAGGCCGUUUUUAGCAAGCACCCCCUCGGCCUGAAUAGAACGCUUCCAAAAAGUGAAAACUGUGAAUUUAAAAAAAAGGAAAAGGAAAGUAUAAAGAACCCAGGAAGAGCAGACAUUUCAACCCCACAGAAUAGAACUGCUCUGCAAAAGAGGAGCAGUCAUAGCUUUUCACUUCGACCCCGCCAGGCCUUUCAACACGAGCACAUUAGCAAUGUUUACCAAUUUAAUGAGGCGCCUGAUCGGGGGCAUCCAAGUGGAAGAAAUGAAAACUGGGAAAGACAGACAUACGAUAUUUCGCAAGAAGAAAAGUGCGUAGCGAGUGAAGAUUUGGAAUUGUCCCUCGUCUAUCCAGACGGGCCGAAAAGCAACGCAGGGAUGGUGGUAUACAAAUACUGCUACAUUUGCGAAACGGGGAAGCCCUGCUUUUGCAGUGAGGAAAACUACGACUAUGAGAAGGAUACCUCCACAUGGGAUGGCGGGAAAAUAAAGCCAAACAUUCAUUCAACUUUUAGGGAUAUAUCAAAUAUCAUAGAGACAAUUCAUUCAAAUAAGAAAAAACAAGAAGGGGAUAAGACUAAUGCUCGGGUGAAGGGACAAGCAGGGAAGGCUACAGGGAAGAAGGACCCUCCUUCCAAGAAGAAACGCCAGAAGAACGAAACGACCAAACAAUUGAGUAGUUACGAUAGAUUUUACCUUCAGCAAAUGAAAACAAUUAAGGGGAAGUUAGACUGCUGCAGAGAAGGGCGGGUGUGGAAUGAGGACACGGCGGACAAAGGAGCCCACGCGAAAAGGAAAGUCGACAUGGAAAUGGACCAGAACGGAUCGGCCAUGGAGAAAAGGAUGAACGCUUUGAUGGAAAUUGAAAAGUACCCAAUGGUGGAAAGGCAACUGAUUUUUAUUUUCACAACAAAGCACCUGCAGCUGCUGGUCAGCCUAUUCGAUGAGUACAAAGAUUUGGAGGAAAGGAUGUUAUGA